GGACGCCGCACCAUCUCAUGUCCUGACGGCCUGCCUGCUCGUCCGACCUCCUCUUGCUUCUGCUGCACGCCCGCCCUGUGCCCCGUCCAUUUCAAACCACACAUAUCUCCGUGACUCCCGACUCCGUUAGGCGCCAUUAUGACCAGUGCUCAAUGGGAGGCUGCUCGGGUCAAGGCCCAGCUGCGGCUCACCGCGCAGCGGCUCGGCCAGAUGCAGGACCGCAUGGAGUCGCAGGCGCAGAUCACGCAGCGGGACAUCGCGACGCUCCUGCAGCAGGGCAACAUCGCGCUCGCCCGCGCGAAGGCGCAGAAGCAGAUGCGCGAGGACGUCAAGGGGAACCUGAUGCAGAUGCUCGAGAUGCACCUCGGGGUGAUACUCGGACACUUGAACGAACUGGAACGAAGUGACAUGCCCAGCCCCCUUGUAAUCGAAGCUGCUUCAAGUAUCAUCUAUGCUGGUCCGAAGAUUGAGUCAAAAGACCUCCACCAAGUCCGGGAAUUCCUUCUGCACGCGCUCAGCCCGGACUUCGCGCGUUCUGCGGUCGAGAACCGGGACAACUACGUGUCGCACAAGGUUCUACGCGCGGUGGCUGCGCCUCCGCCCUCCGCCACCGAAUUGGAUAUGUAUUUAUACAAUGUAGCACGGUCCUACAACGUACACUGGCUACCCGAUCUAUCACCGCAACAGAAGGUAAACGCGCUGUCGUCUAUACUAGACCCCGAGAUUGUUGGCAUAGUCGACCUUGCCCGUCUCCGACAAAUAUGUUCUCAUGGUCUUCCGUCACAUCCUCCCUGGCUACGUCCACGGGUCUGGAAAUUGUUCCUUCGCACAUUGCCCGCGGACAAGUCGGCCUGGCCGAAGGAGUCUCGCACCCAGAGAGACAACUACUAUGAUCUCGUCCGACGUUUGUUGGAACCUCUCGCCACGCUUCCCAACCCGACUGAGCCUCUGUCUCCCACGGACCAGGCCAUUCUGGAUGUCUCAAACGAGUUGUCGACUGUGCCGCGGAGUCUCCUAGCAUCUCUGGAAGAGGAACCUGAGCCUUGCGCCCAAUGUCCGUUCGACGAGACUGCUGCCGCGGACAUCACUAUACCCUGCGCAGGUAAUGUUGAGUCUCGGUUAAAGGCCAUCCGAUCUAGGGACACCGGAGAGCCUGCCAAUUCCGCUGGCGAUACCCCCGAAAUCCGGUUGGACACUUCAGAUGAGCUUCUGGAUGCCACCCCGGAAGUCCGUUUGGAGGAGGCCUCGCCUACAAAGACCCGCUCGAAGAAUCCACAGGACAACCCUGAGAUCUCCCUGUCGGUCCCUGACUCUCCGACGUCAACGCACUCCGGGCUGUCCACCACCUUGCUCCCUUCACGGUCGUACAGCGCGGUGGGCGCGCACCCGAAACACUACUCGGCACUCCUCCGACUCCUGUACAUCCAUUCCCGCCUGAACCCCGCGAACCGCUCUCCGCAGAUCGCUUCGUUGCUGGUACCGAUCUACGCCGCAUUGGCGGAGGAGGUCGACGAUGGGGAUAUUCCCCACGUUGAGGCUGACACGUUCUGGGUGUUUGAAGCCAUGGUCAGCGAAUUCGCUGAACUAGAGGAUGAGCAGAACGGUGCGAUUUGGGUCCAGAAGUUCAGCGAGCGUUUGCGGUGGGCUGAUCCAGAGCUUGCUGAUGACCUGGCGACCAAGGGGCUCGAUCCUGGCCUCCCACACUACUCCUUCCGUUGGUUGAUUCCUCUGCUGACGCAUACACUGCCUCUAUCCGCCGUAUUGAUGGUUUGGGACGCGCUCUUCUCACAACCAAUGAGAGAGCGUGGUAUGACCCCGAAGCUGGAGUACCUUAUGGACGUGUGCACGAGUAUGCUUGUGAGCGCUCGUGCUACGCUGCUACUACUCGGGAGAGGACACCGCAAGUCGCAAAACCUGUGGUCCGACGAGGUAGCUGCUAUUCCGUCAGCCGCGUUUGGCGACCGGGAGCUCGAGGAGGCUUUCAUCGAGGGGAUGGCGUUCCUCCAGAAUUACCCUUUGGACGCCGUAGGAGGCAUCGAGAAGGUGUUGCAGACUGCGUUCGACCUCGCCGCCCAGCGUGAAGCCGCCGCACUGGCAGCUCAGGCCGGGCCUGCUGUCGGGCUCGGGGCGCGUCUCCGGGAUACAAUGUGGAAAGGUUUCUCAAGUCUCGAGUCCCAUCCUGAAGAGGAGGGUUCGAGUGAGGAGGAAUCCGAUGACGACGACGUGCCGUUGAGGCCGGCCCAGCAGGGCAACCCGUCUACUUUGACGUCGCGACUAGCCAACACUGUCUGGCGCGGUAUCACGAAUCAGAGUGCGAUGGAGGCCUCUCCAUCGCCGAGCCCGAGCCCGAUGCCGUCCCCUUCGCCAUCUCCCCUGCCAUCUCCCCUCCCGCCGCCACUCCCUACCUCCCACUCCGCACCCGCAGUUCCCCCGAAGGAGGCGGUGUCGAAGGCCGCCGCCCGUGGCACUUCCAUGAUCUGGGGCUACGCCGAAAAGCUGAAGGACUCAGAUGCCGCCGCCACACUGGCGAAAGUGAGCACCAACUGGAGGGUGAAGGCGCUCGAUGCGUGGACAAAGCGGGGCAACGAAGCACCUCAAACCCCCAACACAUUGGCUCCUCCACCCACGUCGCACUCUGCGCCCUCUCUCUCGGCGCAGAGCCAAGACCACGGUCGCAGCAUCUCGCUCACUGCAAUUAAGACGUCGUUCAGGCCGGCGGAUGACAACAAACGCGGGUCGCUUCCUGUCAUAGACAGGUCAGAAGCGUACUCGCCACCCCCUCGCCCAGUCUUCCGACCCGUCCGAGACAGCAUGUUCGUCGCCUCCCCGGUCACUCACAGCGGCAAUGCCUCCCCCAUCUCCGACACCGGCUCGAACAGGGAAUCGAUGCGCGCCUCGAUGUCUAACUACAAGAUGCCGGAGCAUACGUCUGCUAGGACCGGCGGCCCACGACCCCUGUUGCUCAGCUCUACUACUCUCAUCACUAGCGGAACGGGUCGCUCUCCUAUCUCGCCCGCGGCGGAGUCCCGCUGGGCAGAGUCGGUGCGGUCGUCGAAACGGCCGGUAGAUCACCGAGCGUCACAGUCGUCAAUAUCGUCUCUGUCACCUUCCGAGCCGUAUCGCGCUCGGAGGGGAGAGUCGAGGUCCGACUGGGAGUCCGACGGUGGUACCAUCAGUAGAAUCGUCCCGAUUAACCGCAAGUCGCCUUCGCCCAUGGCGAGGACGUCCCGGUCGUACAAGCGCGAGGAGUCUGUCUCAUCUAUCAGCCCGCCUACCCCUCCCAAGUCCGCCCGCCGCCUCUCGACGGAGGAGUCUACGCCAGAAGUCGCGCCCAGGAGCCCUGGCGGCUGGAGUCAGGUCGACGUGCCAGACUCGCCGACCACCGUUCCAUCUCCGCCACCUCCCAGCACGCCCGACGCAGGCUCGCUCAAGAUCAACACCGACAUCCACGUCACGCAGCCGGCGUCGCACCGCCAGCAGGGCUCAGUGACGCUGAACGACGACAGCGACGUCACGUUCCCGUCGCAGGGCGGGGAGAAGCUCACCCGGCGGAGCGCGACGCUCUCGCGCGUGCACCGCGAGGCAGAGGCGUCCGACUCAUCCGCGAACGACCCGUCGCCGCCGACGCCGCACAUCCGCAAGAAGCGCAUCCCGAACCGGCUGCACUCCCUGCGCCACUCGAAGGUGUCGGAUGACCCGCCGCCGCCGCUGCCGGUGAACGCGGGCAACAACACGCUGCAGGUGCUCGACGCGCCCGAGGACGCGGAGCUCGAGAGCUCGAAGACGCCGCGCGCGGGGAGCUUCGACGCGGAGAUCACGGGGAGCGCGCCGCCGUCGCCGCGCUCGCGGCGCACGCGCAAGAUCUCGGGGGAGGGCGAGCCGCGGGCAAGGAAGAUCUCGACGGAGGGCCGGACGCGCAAGACGUCGACGGAGAGCAGAAGGAAGGUCUCGGCGGAGCGCGAGACGAAGCAUAAGCGGGAGAGUGCGGCGGUGGAGGGUGACGAUGAGGGAUAUGGCGAGCUGCUGAGCGCGUACGAGAGCGAGGAUGCGUAGUGGCCAGGCUGGAUGGUGGCUUUCGAAAUAAUCUUACGACCGUUACACUAGUUUUCACGUUGCACGACUAUUUAUUGGCCCCGCUGUCUGUUGA